CAGGCUAGCGCGGGGUGCGCGUCGGCGUCGCGGCCGGCGGAGGGAUUCUGGGUAACGGCCCCGGCCGGCUGGGGCGGCUGGCUCCGCGCAGCAGGUUCAACUCACGCCAAGUCCGUUGGCAGUGGAGGUUCUAGGGCUGGGGGCCGCGGGACAUGGAGCAGCCGUGGCCACCGCCAGGACCUUGGAGCCUCCCUCGGGCCGAGGGUGAGGCUGAGGAAGAGAGUGACUUGGACGUGUCCCCCAGUUCUCCCCGCUGCCCGCAGCUGCCGGGCGGCGGCGCGCAGAUGUAUAGCCAUGGAAUUGAACUGGCUUGUCAAAAGCAGAAAGAGUUUGUGAAGAGCUCUGUGGCAUGCAAAUGGAAUCUCGCUGAAGCUCAGCAAAAACUUGGUAGCUUAGCCCUGCAUAACUCUGAGUCCUUGGAUCAGGAACAUGCCAAAGCACAAACAGCAGUAUCAGAGCUAAGGCAACGUGAAGAAGAAUGGCGGCAGAAAGAAGCAGCUCUAGUACAAAGAGAGAGAAUGUGUCUGUGGAACAUGGAUGCCAUUAGCAAGGAUGUUUUUAACAAGAGUUUUAUUAAUCAAGAUAAAAGAAAAGAAAUAGAAGAUGAAGAUAAAUCAAAAUCAUUUAUGCAGAAGUACGAACAAAAAAUAAGACAUUUCGGUAUGUUGAGUCGAUGGGAUGACAGUCAGAGAUUUUUAUCUGACCAUCCAUACCUUGUAUGUGAAGAGACUGCUAAAUAUCUUAUUUUAUGGUGUUUUCAUCUAGAAGCUGAGCAGAAAGGGGCUCUAAUGGAACAAAUAGCACAUCAGGCUGUUGUAAUGCAGUUUAUUAUGGAAAUGGCCAAAAACUGUAAUGUGGAUCCAAGAGGGUGUUUUCGUUUAUUUUUCCAGAAAGCCAAAGCGGAGGAAGAAGGUUAUUUUGAAGCAUUCAAAAAUGAACUUGAAGCUUUCAAGUCAAGAGUCCGACUUUAUUCUCAAUCACCAAGUUUUCAACCUAUGAUAGUUCAGAAUCAUGUUCCUCAUUCUAGUGUGGGAUCUAUAGGUUUGUUAGAAUCCUUACCACAGAAUCCAGAUUAUCUUCAGUAUUCUGUCAAUACAGCUCUUUGCAGUUUAAACUCAGUGGUACAUAAAGAAGAUGAUGAAUCCAAAAUGAUGGACACUGUAUGAUUUGGUUAAGACUGCUGAGGCCAAGUGCUAUUUUGUUACAAGGAAGGAAGAACUUGGCUAUUUUCUUGACACUUUUAUGGGUGCUGCACUUUAUUUUUGUUCGGUUUUGAUGGGAGGGGAAAAAAGAGUACUGAAACGUUUUGUAAAAUUUUUUUUAUGUGCUGCUAGGUUUUUUGAUUUUUUUUU